AUGGCCAACGGACACAAUGGCACCCACUCGUCCAGCAGCGACGAAGACUCUCCAGCUAGCGACCCUCGCCCAGCAUACAAACGCAAGAUGUCGACACCCUUGGCUCCUCCCUUUAUGGUCUCGGCUCCUGGAAAGGUCAUUGUCUACGGCGAGCAUGCCGUCGUCCACGGAAAGGCUGCUAUGGCUGCUGCCAUCUCGCUGCGAUCCUACAUGCUCGUCACCACUCUCUCCAAGUCACGCCGAACAAUCACUCUGCGCUUCCGCGACAUCGACCUCAACCACACCUGGGACAUUGACUCUCUACCCUGGGAUGCCUUCUCCCAUCCCGAUCGCAAGAAGCGCUACUACGACCUCGUCACCCAACUCGACCCCGACCUCGUCGAAGCCAUGAAACCUCACAUCCUCAAUGUCUCUCCCCACAUUGCACUCGAAAAUCAAAAGAUCCACCAGGCCGCAGCCUCGUCCUUCCUCUACCUCUUCCUUUCUCUCGGCAACAAGUCUUCGCCUGCCACCAUUUACACUUUACGUUCUACGAUACCCAUCGGCGCCGGUCUCGGUUCCAGCGCCAGCAUUUCUGUUUGCAUAGCUACUUCUCUUUUAAUCCAGGCUCGCGCCCUUUCUGGCCCCCACCCCGAUCAGAUGCCCGAGGAGGCUGAGAAACAGAUAGAGAGGAUCAACCAAUGGUCCUUUGUGGGUGAGAUGCUCAUCCACGGCAAUCCUUCAGGCGUGGACAAUACAGUUGCUUCUGGCGGCAAGGCAGUCCUGUUCAAACGUGCAGACUAUGCGAAACCACCGCUGGUCUUGCCUCUGCGCAACUUCCCUGAACUACCUCUACUCCUGGUGGACACGAAACAAGCAAAGAGCACUGCUGCAGAGGUCGCAAAGGUGGCCCGAUUAAAGAAGACGCAACCCAAGAUCGCCAACCAUAUUCUGGACGCGAUCGACAAUGUCACCGAAUCCGCACACGCCUUGAUCACCAGCCCAGACUUUGACCCCAAGGACCCUUCAGCACUCACACAACUCGGAGAACUGGUGUCGAUAAACCAUGGACUUCUGGUCAGUCUAGGAGUCUCACAUCCCAAGCUCGAGCGAUUGCGCGAGCUCGUAGAUACAGCAGGGGCAGGUUGGACCAAACUCACUGGCGCGGGCGGCGGUGGCUGUGCUUUCACCCUGCUCAAACCAGAUUUACCUCAAGUUGGCGAAGACAUGCCUGUGGCGGAGACAGCAAAUUCACAAGCAGAGACACUAAAAAGACUCGAGAAAGAUCUCCUGAAGGAGGGCUUUGAAAAGUACGAAACGACACUUGGAGGUGAUGGCGUUGGUGUGCUAUGGCCCGCUGUGCUUGACAAUGGAAGCGACGAACUUGGAGGCGAGGAGAUUGACGGAGACAAGUUUGAAGCAGUCGAGGGUCGUGAGGGUGUCGAGAAACUCGUUGGUGUCACGGGCGGCAUUCACGGUGGUGCACGAGAAGGCUGGAAGUUUUGGAGGAUAUGA